AUGAGGGUGGAGAUUGGCGCAUUGAGAGAGGCGAGCAAAGACAAGGACAUAUAUAAUGAGGUAGUCGAGUUGUUGAAGAGAAACGAACAUGAUCUCUCAAAAGAAUGUUAUCGUCUAGCAGCGGAACGGUUAUCGGAUGACCGGAUGAUGGAAUUGUGGGAUGGGUAUGUGUGCCGAGGGUAUCGGCAGUACGUUGCAUAUCGUUGUAAGACGCGGAAUCGGCGGCGUCUGGUCCACCGGCUUUUGACGGAGACAUCGUUCGGUCGAUCAGCAGUGAUGACUAGGGCAUUGAAUAAGGAGUAUGAAGGCAAAGAGGAUCAUUUUCAGACGUCGCGACAUAUCAUCAAAUGGUGGGCCUAUCUGGAGGAGUUGUAUAUAAAGAAUUUUUUCAAGGUUGUUAAAUUAAACCAAGAUCUUUGUUUCUUAUUCAUUGUCAAAAUAUCGCCAGGAUUUGUGUCCAAGUUUGCAAACGAACUACGUCAGUGUGUGUUUGUACCGUUGAUGAAGGAUUGCCCCGAUGUUGUACGUCAGGUUGUUUACAAAUUACUAGGUCAUGGAGUUCACUGCAAUGCUUUGUGGGAAUUUGCUGCUACAGCUCUCGCUUCAGGUCCCUACCACUCUUAUUAUUAUCACGCUUUUGAUGCAGUAUUGGCUCAUCCGUCGCUUGUAUAUAGCGGUGUUUUCAAUACAACAGAAUUCCGUGAUCUGUUCGAAAAAUACACCAACUGGAUUGGCGCUCAACGGGACAAAGAACUGACUGAAUGGCAGGCAGCCGGUGACCCGGACAUUGUUGAGUCUAUAUUGUCAAUGCAAGCACGGAGUUGCCAGAACAGUUGGACUGCCCUGCGCGGACGUCAAGAAAUACCUCACGAAUUUUGGAGUCUUCCUGAAGACCUUCGGAUGCUGUAUUAUACCAAGGCCAUAGCGGGCACUCCUGAGUGCGAAAUUAUACAACACUACUACCAGACCUGUGUUACCAGCAAUGAGUGUCUGGACUUUGAUACCUUUAAGAUGGUCCAUAUACCUCCAAGCUUUCACUUCGUUAAACUGGACCUGAAUUGGGAUUAUCUGAUGGCUAUACUUAUUCCGAAAAUAUCUCCCCUACCUUCCAGCAACCCAAAAGUGAGGAGACAGCAUCAUGAAGUGAUGGAAUGUGGUAAUCGAAAUGCGAGGAAGCGUUACCAAAAUAAGUUAGGUCCAUUUUGUAGUCGGGAGUCAUCGAUUGGUGUACCGAAAUUAUGUGAGUGGGAAUGCUUGAAGUUAUUUGAUGAAGUUAAUGAGAUGUAUCUUUCAUGUCGAUUAAAGGGCGAGGAUGGGAUGAAGCCCGAGGAUGGGAUGAAGCCCGAGGAUGGGAUGAAGCCCGAGGAUGGGAUGAAGGACGGUGUGUUUUUCUGUCUAGCUGCUCAGCGCGCCAAGUCGUGCCAGGAGUUUCUUCUUGUGAUACAAAUGUUGUUUUUAUCUGAACUUGUACGUCAUCGACAACGUUCUGAUUACACGUUGGAGACGCCUGUGGAUACUUUGAUUGGUACCCCCGUAUUUGUCCUCCAUCAAAGUAGUAUCAUAAAUACUCUGGAGCCAGUUCGAGAUUUGAGUUGGGAGGACGCUCUGUCGAGCUAUGGGGAGCAGCUGAAGCCGUACGUUAAAAUAAGUUCGCCGUCGUCUGAAAACAAACAACACUCGAUGCGACCGAUGUGCAGAUCCGUGUAUGUGGCACCAAAAGACUUGGAUGCUGUGGCUGAAAUUAUUGGAAGAGAUACGAAUAUUCGAGGCCAUGAGUCUUGCCUUUCAGCAGAGAAGAUUAUACCUUAUCGUAACUUUUAUGAAUGGAAGGUCAAUUUGGUGGUCAAGAAAAUUAAUUUGUUGGAAGAGGACACAGACUCAAAACUCGGUACUAAUAUGCGUGCAACGUGCGGUGGACGAGGGUAUGGUGUCAAUGAGAAGGGGCGAAAUCUGGUGUUGCAAAAUAAUAAAUUGGGUAUUGAGUGUGCGAUUGUCAUCGAACGAAUUCUGUUUAACAAGGGACCCCGAUUUCAUAAAAACCACUUUGACCAUAUCACUCGGAGACAAUUGCGUUUGUAUAAGGAACUUGUUUCGAAACAGCUGGGCAGGACAGAAUAUUCCCUCAGACCUUGGUAUGCAUUGCCUACCAGAGAGCAUGACCAUAAUAAAAGACCUAAUUCUUGGUGUGGACACAUCCACGAAGAUGAUGGUGUCUGGGCCUACAUAGGAUGCUUACCUCAGCAAGCCCUACCUCAUAUCACUGAGUUGCUUGCAUCUCUCAUUCUCCAGACUUAUUCAGUUCCCAGUAAUAUAUUGUCCUUGCUAGAACGAAUAGGCGUUCCCCCUAUACCCAACCAUGACCGACUGCAUCCUACCGAAAUGGCUUGCGAGAAUGUAUCUGAGAACCAAGCAAGGCACGAGAAUGAAGAUGUUGAUGGGAAUAUCGACCUUCUAGUCGCAGACAUUACAAAAUUACCGUACCGCCUUCAACUGAGAGAUACCCCGAUAAAUGUUCUCAAAAGCGGUCGCUGUCUCGCGUGCUUCGAUUUAUUUGUUACCAAGGCCAACCAUAUUUCGGAUAAACAAGUAAUUGGCAAACGCAUUUUCAUCCAAGGGAGGACAGACCUUCUUGCACAAAAUAUGGAUACGUGUCUCGAAACAACGGACUGUUGCCAUCUACUGCCCAGCCUCCAAAAAAUGCCGGUACCGCGAUGGAAUAGAGAAAACAACGCCUGGCGAUAUAAACACCAAAGGCGACCUUUCGUCGAGAAUGAAGCCUUAAAAAAUCCUACAGAGAUUCCCUACCGAAUGCCCGUAGAGAUACAAGCAGCCGACAGAUUGCUUAGCAUGGCUCAUAUUGCCUACUUUAGCGGACAGCUUGAUUAUGACUACGACGACAGCGAGACAGCCGCAGUUAAAGAAAGUGUCACGAAAUUCAUAGAUCAUCUUACUUUUGACCAAGCGGUCGCGCUCGGCCAGCACUCCCAGACGACGCAUGAAAGAUCCUGGUGGAUGGCCUGCAAGCGCAACAAUCUCGGUACCACGGUGGCGAACAUACACCCCCACCUGAAGCAUCCAGAAAAUGCAGUGUUUGCGUUACGCGCUAUGGAUUGGAUGCUCAAAUAUUUGUCGCACACGUGUGUGCGCACAAUAUUAUCCUCGGCCAAUACUAGGCUUUAUCGAGCGAAGAAAGCCGUGAAUGACUGCAGGCUUCGAGUUGCCCAACUGUAUUGUCCAGGAGAUCUGUUGCUGACCGAUUCUCUCGAUCCCACAGAUUCGUUAUUUUUCGACGAGUCCCAGGUCGUGAAUCAUUCGAAAGGGGAAAAUCAGCUGGACGCUUUUCUCAAAGGUUUGGAUGAAGGGUUACUUGCUUCUCUAUCUGGACCACUGUGUUUGGAACUUUGUGACAAACGAGUUAGAUCAAGCUUACUGAAAUUACCUUUGACUAACGAUUUAGUUCAGCGGAUUAUGAAGCCGUACGGGUACGGCACAGAAGCUUUGAGUUACAUGAAACAGGUCUUUGGGAUCCAGCUGCUCGAAACCUGCUCAGUACACCAGCUGGCUUCAAUUGUGAAGCUCCCAUUCUCCUCACCGGUGGAGGUUCCGGAGCGGUUCACAAAUCUGUUAGUGCCGGACUCUGGAUUACUACGGCUGUUCGGAACGAGGUUUUCGCUCAAGAAUGAUCGCAUGCUAUACCGCUUUUCCGCAACGCGCUUACGCCCCUGGAUGACGUACCACUUGGACAAACGGGUCCUAAAAAGAUCACCCAAAGAACACAUCAAAUCAAAGCACUUCUUGUCCUGGAAGCUCGCAAUGUUCCGUCCGCGGCACGAUUACUGGGCUCGUUCCCCUUAUUUUUAA